GAUUAUAAAAAAAAAAAAAAAAAACAUCACACCGACACGUUCACCUCGCAGAUUUGUACUACAUUCCGCUACGCUGCAGUCCACUUACUUUUACUCCACUAGUGGAUCGAAUAUCUUGGAAACCGUGCAAUUGUCAAAUAGGCUUUGGCCCACCACUACUUGGCACCCUCUCCUCAUAAAGUAAACAAACGCACGUGGGCUGUCUCUCUGCUGUUACCCGGUGUCAUUGCAUCAAAAAGUUAACCUCCUGUUUUCACGUCACGUUACUUUAAUGUUCAUUUGAAGGGGUAAUUGCACGUGAAUAUGUAGCACGUGCCUGGCUACCUUCCAUUGAUUUUGGAGAACGAAUUUCCCGCGAGUACGAUGGCAAAUACAUUGACUGUACGGUGUUGGAAAGGCUGGUUGAGAACUAACAGUCUGAAUAAUGAAAUACGCAGAAAUUAUUAUCAUUUGAGCAAACGCAGGGCAGUAGCUAGUGCGGCCAAUAACGUCAAAUUCGUCACAAGUCUCACUGGACAAUGGGCAAGAGGACAAGCCUCUCGCCUCCAGUAUACUCAUUACAGAGGCAUUGCCACCUGCCCACCACAGUACGUCCUGGGCAUAGAGACAAGCUGUGAUGACACUGGUGCUGCUGUUGUCUCAGAUGCUGGGGAAGUCCUUGGUGAGGGUCAUUAUAAUCAACACAAUAUACACUUGAGGUAUGGAGGCAUCAUUCCCCAUAUUGCACAGGACCUGCACAAGAAGAAGAUUGAGCAAGUGGUGACUACAGCAAUGGCUCAAGCAGGGUUGUCAUUUGGAGAUUUGGAUGCCAUUGCUACCACUGUCAAACCAGGUAUGUCGAUGUCUCUGUCAGUGGGAACAAGUUAUGGAAAGAGUCUUGCUUUAAGCACUGGCAAACCUUUCAUCCCCAUUCACCACAUGGAGGCUCAUGCAUUAACUGUUCGCAUGGUGGAGAAGGUGGAGUUUCCAUUCCUGGUCUUGCUGGUGUCUGGUGGCCACAGCCUGUUGGUGCUUGCACACAGUAUAGACCGCUGGUCCAUUAUUGGCCAAACCAUUGAUGACGCUCCAGGAGAAGCCUUUGAUAAGGGUGCUCGACGACUCAAGCUGCGGAACAUCCCUGAGUGUGCGACAAUGUCAGGUGGACGGGCCAUUGAACACUUAGCACUGAAGGGUGAUCCACGUGCUUUUGAAUUUCCAACACCAAUGUGGAAGUACAGAGAUUGCACCUUCAGUUUUUCUGGUCUGAAAAAUGCCAUUAGAAAAAUUAUAGAAAAAUUGGAGAAGCAAUAUGAAGUUGAAGGUGGAACAGUUCUUCCGUGUGUUGAAGAUGUUUGUGCCUCAUAUCAAUACGCCAUCACCAAACACCUGGUGAGGCAGACGCACAAGGCCAUGUUAUUUGUGGCUGUACGGGAUCUGCUUCCUGAAGAGAACCAAACACUGGUUGUGUCGGGUGGCGUGGCGUGUAACCAGUAUAUACGUGCAGCACUUCAGAAGCUGUGCACUCAUACUGGAUAUCGGCUUUUCUGCCCUCCACCUAAACUGUGCACAGACAAUGGGAUUAUGAUAGCGUGGAAUGGCAUGGAACGCUGGAAGGCUCAGGCUGGAGUACUGUAUAACAAGCAGGAAAUAGAGGAUGUUACUUAUGAAGCUAGAUGUGCAAUUGGUGAAGACCUGACCGAAGAUGUGCGUGAUCUUGGUAUCAAUGUAAAAAAAUGGGUAAAAUUUUGAUGAAUAGUGAUUAUUAAUUUUUCAUUUGUUAUUUAUCUAUGAAAAUUUGAAACUCAGUAGUAUCAAUAAAGAGUAUGUACAUUGAA